GAUUGUGUGAAGGAAAUUAGAGGUACAAAAAUUAAGAUGACAUUUCCUCUGGCUUUGCAAAUUGGAUGAGAGACAAUGGCUGCUUCUACAUCCAUUUCUCUCUCCUUCCUUGUAAUUAACCCUAAAUCACCUCUUUUCCCUCCACAAAAUCAAUCAAUUUCAUCCACUAGAAACCUCCAUAUUCACAAAAUUCACCGCUCAAAUCUACCAAUUUCAUUCAAAAUCAUCCGAAAUCGGAGAAUUUCUGCUAUUUCAGAGUUAUCAGAAGUGAAUGUAGCUGAAACUGCCGAUCAAAUUGUUUCAUCCACCGGUGACGACGGAGUUUCCACCGUCAUUCAAUCUCUUUUGGUCAUUGCUUUCGUCGGGUUAUCCAUUCUAACCGUCGGAGUAAUCUACAUUGCUGUUACGGAUUUUUUGCAGAAGAGAGAGAAGGAGAAAUUCGAGAAAGAAGAAGCGGCGAAGAAGAAGAAGAGCGGCCGGAAGGGGAAAAUUGUAGCGAGAGCUAGAGGUGGACCUCGAGGAUUCGGCCAGAAGGUUGAAGAAGCUGAAGAUGAUUAGGGUUUAGUUUGAACUGAAUCCGCACAAACUUCAACACGGCCCGCACAAUUUUACUUUGUUAGAUUGUAAUUUGUAUUAUUUUUUUUGGAAAAGGAUCAAAAUUGCUCUUUAAUUAUAUGAAAUAGAUUAUUUAUAUUUUUAUUUA